UGAUCUCUAGGAGGACAGUCUGAACCUGACACACUUUAACACUCCGCUCGAUCGGAAAAUGACGACGGCAAUGAUGAAAGGAUUUGUGCUGUUCGUCUGCUUGUUCUUCACAGUUGUUCAGUCCAUCGCAUGCGAGGCGAACAGGAUAGAUGCGCGCAAAAAGCACGAAAAUGACGUGGCGCACCACAGCUCUGCCAUAACAACAGGAGCGUGGAGUCAGGAGAAGCCAAAGCGACUCUUUGCCAGGACUCGCUAUCUGUCUCAGCAGAGACAUCAUGUGGUGAGACCUAAGCCCAGGCCUGAGGCGGUUUCUCCAGCCCAGACUCCAGCGCGGCGCUGCGCCGGUCUGAUGGAGAGCUGCUCCCCGCUCACUCCCUGCUGUGACCCAUGUGCUUCCUGCCACUGCAGGCUCUUCAACACCAUCUGCCACUGCUGGAGGCUCGGACACCUCUGCCCCAAGAAGACCUAAUCACCUAUGUAUCGGUGCUUCUCAGCUGCUUUCACUUUAGCUCUGCACAUUGGACAUCAAAUGUUGUUUAGUAUACAAAAACAAAGUCAUGAAAAGUUGCUUAUUGGUUAGUUUAUAAAUAUUUCUUGAAGUCUGAUGGUAUCUUGUUCCCAGCUUUCAGCAAUUCACCAUACAAAGCCAUUUUUGUUUGUUUUUUUGGUGAUGACACAUCUAAUUUGACUCGCCUCUACCAAGAUUGUGCCAAAAUACUGCUCGAGUUUAGUUACAUACUUUGAUGUUCAAGGAAUAUUCCGUACAACUGGCAUAAUGUUGAUUACCACGGAAAUGAUUUUGACCCAUCACAUGUUUUCUUUAAAACAAGCAGAAAGCGCAGGCAGUACAUUGGAAGUGAACGAGGCCAAUUUUUGGAGGAGAUGUGAAGCUUGUGAUUUAAAAAAAAGCUCCUACAUCAUUUUUUUUUCUUUGUAUUAUUGGAGCUGUGAAGCUGUUUAAAUCAUUUUUAUUGUCACUUAUGGUUUUAGAAUUUACAAGUUGCAAAACUGGAAAUAACUGUAGACAGAAAAGGUCACUUUUUUUUGUGAAUUGUCAGUGUAACACAAAAUGUCUGCUUUUUUAAAGAAAAAGAGGGACAAGCGGGGAUUCAUAUUUGUGGUAAUAAACACAAUGCAGUUGAAUCUGGAAUAUUCAAAACAAAUAGAAAGCAUUUUGGUUACUCCUUACAAUAAGGUUUCAUUUGUUAACAUGAACUUACAAUGAAAAAUCAUAUUUAUUGAUCUUAGUUAAUGUUCAUUUCAACAUUCAAAAUCAAAAGUUGUCAUCUGUUAAUAUUAUUACAUGAACCUGAGCUAACAUGAACUAACAACUUCUUUUUUUUUUUUUUGGUUAACAAAGAUGAAUAAAUAUGAGAACCACUGUUAUGCAGCUGUGCACCAUCACAAUUUAUGCCAGUGCUGCUACAUACUCACAUACUGCUAUGUAACACACCAUGGAUCAUGACAUUUAACUGUAAAGUGAAUGUUUAACAUCCAUAUGACUCGAGUUAUUCACUCUCUUUUUGCACCAUGACGGUAAUGUGACUCGGUUGCAGUAAUUACAGUUAACUCUUGUAGAAUUCAUGCUGGCAAAGUUUCAUUUUUGUUGUUAUUCUCAAUAUUUUUCAACCCUUGUUAAGCAAGGGGCAUAUACUGUUUAACUAGUACAGAAUCAAUGUAACAGUGCCUAAAAAAGCUUUAAAUAAGACAAAUCAUUUUAGGUGCAGUAAAUGUGAAUCUAAUGUUAUCCUCAUACUGUGAUCUUUUAAUAAUAAGUUUUAAGAUGCUCAUUUCUACUGUGAUGAUUCCACUGUCAUUUUUCUGAUUUACACACAAAAAAGUAUAUGUGGAUGUCAAGAAGAAGCUAUUGUGGAUGAAAAGCUUCUUUGAGAAAAGUUGUUAUCAUUAUAUAGUUCUAUGCAAUGUCAGGUCAUAUUGACUGAAUAUUAUUAGAAAAAAAAUUAAAACAUGUUCAAUGUGCUUUCUUUAUAAUAAAAACAUUUAGAACUGCA